UGGUCACCCGCAUAUAUAAGUAAUACCUCUUCAUUCCCUUGGUUUACAAUUUUCGCUUUCCUUUCUUCUUCACAGAGCUUCGAUUUCCAUACCCAUGGCGCUCCGUGCUCUAUUAGCCAAAAAAACCCUGGCUUCAGGGUUUCAGACCCAAGCCAAAGCCCUAGCCUCUGGAAUCUCCAACUCUCGCGCUUCACAGACCUCGCUCCCUUCCGACAACGGCAAUCUCCAUCACCGGGACGGAGGUCAUUUCAACAACUCAAUUUUCUUGAAGAAUCUUACUCCUCCUCGUGAAGCUGGCGGUGAAGUGAAGGCAGAAGGUGCUGCUUUUCAAGGAUCUGGAUUGGCAUACAAGAGCUUCUGUAGAACUUAUUCAACUUCGUCUGCAGCAAUUUCUAACAAUGAUGAAAAAACUACUCGCAAUGUCCUUCGUCCCCUAUCACCUCAUCUUCCUGUUUACCAGCCCCAACUCAGUUCAAUGCUUUCAAUCUUCAAUAGAAUAUCCGGUUCUUACCUAACAGCUUUAGUAUUGUUCAACUAUCUCUCUGUUAAAAUCGGGUGGGUGAGCUUCACCAGUGCUUAUUUCUACCAAUUUAUGUUCUACUCAUCAAAGCUCUUCCCAAUAUCUGUCGAGAUUGCAGCGUUAGCUCUGUCCUACCAUGUGAUCAUCGGGAUUCAACAUUUAGUAAAGAGGGCUUGAUUUGAUAAUGCUGUGGCGAACUCCAGGUGCGAAAUUUAUGUCUUUGUCUCGUAUGGUCGAGCAGGAGUGCUGUGGCUAUGUUUGCUGUUUGACAGGUUGAAUAUCAAACCGAAUAAAUUGAACCGGGGUGAGGACCUCUUUUCAUGGCUGUUUAAUUACCGGUAAAUUAGGAGAAUUUAGAGUGACAAUGUUUUGAGCAUUUUGUUUUAAUUUCCACCAAUGUGUGAUACAUUACAUCAUCUGUGAACAUUCCCUUUGUAGACCAAUAAAAAUGGUUCGAGGUUCA